CACAACAACAUAUUCACUGCCUAGUUAUGGCUGCUAAUUACUUCCUUUGCAUUCUGGUUCUUGCACUUAUUUGCACUUCCAUGGCAGCAACCAAGGUUGUGGCAAAAGAAGAAGACCAGUACCACCUUGAUGGGGGCAAUUAUGGACCAGGGAGUCUAAAGAGCUACCAAUGCCCAUCACAAUGCUCAAGGAGAUGCAGCAAGACACAAUACCACAAGCCAUGCAUGUUCUUCUGCCAGAAAUGCUGCACCAAGUGUUUAUGCGUUCCUCCUGGCUACUAUGGAAACAAAGCUGUGUGUCCCUGCUACAACAACUGGAAGACCAAGAGAGGAGGACCAAAAUGCCCCUGAUUUUAUUUUCUCAUUCACCUCUAUUUUUUUAUCUACC